UAUAAUAAGAAAUUGACUGGUAGAAGCAAUAGACAUAUAAACACACACGACCAUAUCAGCCUGCCAUAUCAGACUACUAUACAAAUGCUCUUCAUGCCAUCACCAACAACAACAACAUUUGAUCUCUUUGAUCCACAUCAAUGAUCAAAAAACCCGAUUCCGGACCACCGUCCCGUUCGGCCCGGACCGGAUGUUUCCUAGCUUGUUUUGGGUGUACCGGCCUGCAGGACCAAUAUAUAAAGCCCAAAGAGAAAGUCAACUCUCCUAAAUGGCGCCGUCCACGUUGGAUCUCUAAGUUCACCUUGAUCAGUUUCAAGAAACCCGUGGUCAAAGACGUCGUCCCCGUUGACCCAAAACGACCCGUAAAUAAGUCGGGUAAUAAAACUUGGGAAAUUCAAGUAGUGGAAGAAGAAGAUGUAGCAACAAAAUGGACAGAUUCUGUUAGGCAACGAAACGGGUCGUACCGUAGUCGCAAGAAAGAAACAAAAGUUGUUACGCGUUUGCCAGCUGAAAAAAAACAUGGGGCCGUGGUUUCUAAAGCUAUUGUUUCUACACCUUCGAAACCGUUGACUCAUUCGGUAUCAUUGCCGAUACCAACGAAGGAAAAGAAACUAGCGGAUGGUCCAAAAGUUGUGAAGAAAACCAUACCUUUAGGUGGGAAAUAUGACUCUAUAAUUGGUAUGUCAGUAAUAUUAGUUAUAUUGGUUAUAAUGGUGUUAUGGGGCAAGUUGUGUGCAAUACUUUGUACUUCUACAUGGUUUUAUAUCAUCCCACGAUUGGGGGCCGCCGGGAGAUACUCUGUUGUGGAUACAAUAAAGAAGCGGCGGCCUGAGUCACAUGAGAAUUUGGACAUGGAAUCCGUGGAGUAUAAGAAAAAAGUUGUCUUGGAAGGACUUCUUCAAAGAAACAACAGAAAUGUCGUUGGUCGUUCUACACGAUGAUUAUAGGUUAAUUAAUUGAUUACAAAGAAAUGUUUUGUUUU